AUGUCUUCACCAAAGAGCUCAUUUUCCAUGGCUUUGGUCACACGACUCAUGUUAUACUUGGAAUUUCCCGUUCGAGCAUCAAUUGUUGCGCUCACAUUAGUUGAACGUUGGUAUUCGCAUAUGAAGAUGCCAGUUAUUAAAAUUAGUCAAAUUGAUCAUCAAUUAGAUCAUGAUCCGAUAACAGGCGAUAUUCAAUGGAACCAACAAUCGAUCAAAAUUCUUCUCGAGAAUAUUGAACGAGUGAUUCAAAAACGUGAACUUCCUUCUUCGAUUAUUGACGAUUCGCUUAUUCCAUGGCAAACCGAGCGAACUAUGCAUCUUUGUCGAUGA